CGAUCAUUGACUGACUGACCCGGCCGAAAGUGAAAGGUCAGCGUGACAUAUUUGCACAUUGUGCAGUUAACAUCCGCUGAAAGAUUAAAAGUACCGACUAAUAUGGCUACAGUUACACAGAAUCUGUUGAGGACAUUCCGGACGAUGGCUGUUCUUGCUAGUGGACGACAGAUGCCCAAGGUCAAGAAGCACAGAAUAUUAAUUGUAGGAACUGUGCUGGGUGGAUCAGCUUUCUACAGUCUCUAUACAUCUCAGGUGUUCGCCAAGCAAGCGAGUGUAAGAAGUGAGCGGUCUCUGUGGAUGGCUGACCCAGUAACAGACUACAAGACCCUGGAAGAGAACUCGGAUGAUAUGAAAACCAGAAUGGAGAUAAUGAUAAUGAGAAUUCAGGCCGAGGUGUGUCAUGCACUUGAAGAACAGGAUGGAGAGAAGAAGUUUCUCGUUGACAAGUGGACCAGGGAAGAGGGCGGUGGUGGAGUCACGUGUGUUCUGCAGGAUGGCACAGUGUUUGAGAAAGCUGGAGUUAAUGUGUCCGUCGUCACAGGGAAACUCCCUAAAGGGGCCAUUCAGCAAAUGAGAUCACGAGGUAAAAUCAUCGAAGGUGAAGAUCUACCAUUUUUUGCAGCUGGUAUUAGUUCUGUUAUUCACCCAAAAAAUCCUCAUGUGCCCACUGUUCACUUCAACUACCGGUACUUUGAACUGACGCUGCCAAAUGGAAAAAAACAGUGGUGGUUUGGAGGAGGUACCGACCUGACACCAUCCUACCUUGUGGAAGAGGACUGUAAGCACUUCCAUCGAACACUGAAGGCGGCUUGUGACAGGAGUGGAAACAAGAGUCUGUACCCCAAGUACAAGAAGUGGUGUGAUAAUUAUUUCUUCAUUGAACAUAGAGGUGAGAGUCGAGGAAUUGGAGGAAUAUUUUUUGAUGAUGUUGAUUCGCCAAACCAAAACGAAGUUUUCAAGUUUGUCACAAGUUGUGCUGAAUCGGUUGUACCAUGUUAUAUUCCAAUUGUGGAAAAGCACAAAAAUGAAACCUUCAGCUAUGGUGAACGGAAGUGGCAGCUGUUGAGAAGAGGUCGGUAUGUCGAAUUUAACCUCAUCUACGACCGUGGAACCAAGUUUGGUCUGUACACCCCUGGUGCCAGAUAUGAGAGUAUACUGAUGUCUCUUCCCCUGCUCGCAAGGUGGGAAUACUGCCAUCGCCCUGAGCCAGGCUCCAAGGAGGAGAAGUUUGUAUGGGUUCUGAAGCAUCCCAGAGACUGGGCUUAAACUGGCGUGUGUCGAGAUACCAACCUGUGCAUGGAGGAAACACUGGUGUUGUCCAGUAUCGGCUUUUACUGGAAUCUACUCUGGUCAACCAUAAACUGAGAUGCUUAAUUUGUUCCUGCUUCAUGUGAAUGUGACACUGAAAGGGUGUACCAGCAAAUCUUGUCUCUGUAAUGUCUGUGAAGUAAUAGCGUGAUUUACUUCUUAAGGCUACCGUUUGUGCUUGUAAAGCUUAAUACAAGCAGUUGAAUGACGCUGCUGUCUGAAUGUACACCCUUUAUGUUUGAGACUUGAGGGUGUUUUUUUUUAAGACUCGUGUUUUAUACACAUGCAAGGCCAGUAUGUAGUAAACUGAGAUGGUGGUGAUGUUGUUAUGGUAUACCUUACUGCAUGUAAUAACAUGGCUCGGAAUGUAAAAUGUGACCUGCUGUUAUAUAUAUUUUUUUAAAUAGCAGGGAAAAAUGAAAUAUGGCCUGCUAAGAAACAAAUAUGGCCCGUUGGGCUCAUGGGGUGGUGGGAAGGGUUAGGAUAGUGUGUGAAAAAUGUUGAAUCUCUGAGAUGUAUUUUCAGGAGUGGGAAUUCUCCUCUGAUCAGCUGUUUUCCUCUCAUGGAACAUUGCGUUUUCUUGCAUUUUAAUCGUCCUUUCCUCCAGAAUGUGUCAGUUGGCACAAAGAUUUUAACCUAGGAUUUCAAGAAUUUCUGGGACCCUUCUAGAUUUUCUCUUUUUUACAGUUCACCAAUUCCCACCCCUGAUUUUAAAGCAUUAUGGUAAUAAAAAUAGGACAGAAUCACAAUCUAAACAGCAGACGAGAUAACCAUAUAUUACAUCUCUUUCUUGAAAAAUGACCACCAAUGUUUUGUGUAGUUUUAGCAGGUAAAUUUUUAUUCACCUUCAAGGUCUAAAAAUGGACUGCUUUUCACUCUUUACAGGCCUUGGUUUUGAUCCCUGAAUAAUAACCAGCAGCUUCAAAAGCAUACUGUUUGUACAAUUAAUAAACAUUAUUUUAGGGCAGAAUAUUUUAUGUGAAUCAUUUUAUCUGUUUGCAUGUCACUUAUGCAACUAAAUUAACGUGAACCAUCAGUUGCAGACUUGAGAAUCUCGAAAACUUUUAAUCAUGAAUUACAAAAAAAUCUGUGUCUUCCAAACUUUUGACACGUCGAUAGCCAAAUUGAAAAACACUACCUCAUUGCAAAAUGAAAAUGUUUAUUAAAACAUUACUAUCAUCACUGUAGUAGGCCUACAAAAUUGUGGUGCAAGUGUGUUAGGUUUAGAUAAUUCACUGGUUAUGCAAAUCACCAUGGUGAUGUACAUUAAACAAAAUUAUUUUAACCAAUUUCGGUUACCUAAGAUUUUGAAAUAUUGUUCUUGGUAUUUUUGUGAUGUGGCGGAUGUGUGUGAAUUGCUUUUGAAAUUUAUUGGUGAAGGAUUUAUUGUUUUAGAUUAUUAUACUAGUCCGAAAAUGUGAAUCUUGUGAACCACAUUUACACUGUUAAUAAAGCUUUCUAUGUUU